ACGAGGAUGGGACCCUGCGAGAGCGCUGUCCAAUAAACGUCGCUGAUGCCGGAUCCCGGGUAAUCCGGGAGCCGAGGGUGCCAUGGAGAACUUCACGGCACUGUUCGGAGCUCAAGCCGACCCCCCACCGCCCCCGAGCGCCCUGGGCUUCGGGCCCGGGAAGCCGCCCCCGCCGCCUCCGCCUCCUCCGGGAGGGGGUCCAGGCGCGGCCCCGCCGCCGCCCGCGAGCUCGGCCCCCGCGGGCGCAGACAAGUCGGCUGCUGGGAGCGGCCCCUUCUACCUGAUGCGGGAGUUGCCGGGCAGCACAGAGCUGACGGGCAGCACCAAUUUAAUCACACACUACAACCUGGAACAGGCCUAUAAUAAGUUCUGUGGGAAGAAGGUGAAGGAGAAGCUAAGUAACUUCCUGCCUGACCUGCCAGGGAUGAUCGACCUCCCUGGCUCCCAUGACAACAGCAGCCUCCGCUCCCUCAUCGAGAAACCUCCUAUUCUUAGUAGCUCCUUUAAUCCAAUCACAGGGACCAUGCUGUCUGGUUUCCGCCUCCAUACUGGCCCGUUGCCAGAGCAGUGCCGUCUGAUGCACAUCCAGCCCCCCAAGAAGAAGAACAAGCACAAGCAUAAACAGAGCCGCACCCAGGAUCCUGUCCCCCCAGAAACGCCAUCUGAUUCAGAUCACAAAAAGAAGAAAAAGAAAAAAGAAGAGGAUCCUGAACGGAAAAGGAAAAAGAAAGAAAAGAAGAAGAAGAAGAACCGACAUAGUCCAGAUCACCCCGGUAUGGGCAGCUCCCAGGCCAGCAGCAGCAGCAGCCUCCGCUAACAGGACCACUGAACUCUGCCAAGGAUGGCUUUCAUGUUAUAUUGAAUCUGCUGACAAAAACUGUCUUCCAGGCGCUUGGGCACUGCCUUGGGGUAUCAACAGCUAGACAGAAGCCAGCUCCUGCUGCGCUUAUGACGAAUACACUUUUUAAAAGGGCUGUGCUUUUUUAAGGCUCAGUCCAGUUGGCUUUUUUCAUGGACAUCCUUCUCACAAGAAGCGCUUUUUUUUUCUCCUCCCCUUCUUUUGUGCAAUUUAGUUUUAGGACUUCAUCUGCUAGGGUUUUUUGGUUUUUUUUCUUUUUUAAAAACGGCGUGUUUACCAGACUAGCUAGUAUGGCUACCUUUUAAGAGGCAAGUGCCAUUUUGUAUGAGUCAGAGUUUAAGAAAAGGCACUGCUAAGAUAGAAAUCUUGCCAUCACAUUAUUUCCUUAGGCUGGGAAAUCAAGAUGAGAAAAGAGAACAUGGUUGGAAAGCAACACUGAUUGCUAGUAUUUUGUCCAUAAUGUUCAGAGCCAACCAAGUGCCUGGUUGAUUUUCAGCCCUUCAGGAAAGCUGGCCCAAAUAAGGCGUAUGCCUGUGCUGAUACACAACAGGGAACUACAAAGAAACACCCAGAAUCACCAGUAUAUUUUAGCAGGGAAAAAAAUCCUGGUGUUUGUUUCAUUAUGCUCCCACUCUUUUUCCUGGGUACCGGCUCAAGCCUUGUGUGUGCUAGGUGAACCUCUGGCAAGAAGUAUAAUGCCUCUCUAUUCUUUAGUCUUAAAAAAUGGAUUUGGUUGUUUGGGAAAAACAAAGUUUUGGGUUGUGGUUUUUGAGACAGUGUCUCGCUUUGUAACCCGGCAGGCUAUAAAGACCUCAAACUUAGGAGACCUACCUGCCUUUACUUCCCAAGUUCUGGGAUCAAAGGCAUACACCGUCAUGUCUAGCUUUUUAUUUUCUUAAAAAAUAUAAUUUAUUAGCCAGGCAGUGGUUGUACAUGCCUUUAAUCCCAGCACUCG